AUGAUAGAGGACGGCGGCCGGGACCCGUCCAAGCGAAUACUUCGGAAAAACGAACCGUCCACCAUCGAUGAACCCAACUGUUGCUUCAUCUCGCGUCGAGACGACGCGCGGCUCUUCUGCUGCAGAUGCGCUCACAAGCGACGCGCCUCCCCACUCACCUGCCUCGCGAUAUGCUUCCUGGUCCUCACCUACAACCUACUGGGAGGGUUUCUGUUCCUCGCCAUAGAGGGCAACACUCUACCAGAAGAGACAUCUGUGGCCGCGUCGAAACCGAACCUGAGUCAAUCACAGAGUGGUGACCUUCGAUCACGGACAGUGGAGCGUCUUUGGUCUAUAACGGAAGAUUUAAAUAUUCUUUAUAAAGAAAAUUGGACAAAGCUGGCUGCCAAAGAGUUGAUGGACUUCCAGAGGAUUCUGAUGAAAUCAAUGCAGUCUGGAGAGUUUCCCAGUAUUUCAACGCAUUACGACGCCGCCGACUAUCGCUGGACGUUCGCUGGCAGUUUUCUUUACGCGCUCACUUUGAUUACUACGAUCGGUCACGGAAGCGUAACUCCAAAGUCGUCUACGGGCAAGUUGGUAGCGAUAGCUUACGCUUGCGUGGGCAUUCCACUAAUAAUGCUGUACCUGUCGACAAUAGGCGAGGCGCUGGCGAGAAGUCUCCGCGGGCUCUACUCCAAACUUUGCCCGGCGCGCCUUAAAAGCGGUGAUUUUCAUUCAAAAGCAGACUGCCUCAGCCGGUAUUCGCUACCCGGUGUUGAAUGCAAGCAAUUUGUCGAUUGUGAUAGAAAAGAAAAACUUUACGAACGUCAAAAACGAACACCAUUUCAAGCUGCAUUAAACCUGGACAGUUUUAACGGAGGCUAUCACUGGACGUGUCGGGACCACACGCGAGUGCCAAUCGUGCUUAGUCUAGUUCUGAUCGUUCUGUACAUAGGUUUAGGUACGCUCUUGUUUCACACGACGGAGCGGUGGAACUUUAUAGACGGGUGUUACUUUUCAUUUUCGAGCCUUGCAACGAUAGGUUUUGGUAAUUUAAAGCCCGGGAUGUACGCCAGCACCGUAUCAGCGAAGGCGGAGGACAUCGCCUUAGGCGUGUGUUGUAUAUAUAUUCUAGUAGGUAUUGUAGUGGUAGCUAUGUGUUUCAAUCUUAUCCAAGAGGAUAUGAGCUCGGCCUUUCGCGGUUUUACCGCACUCUGUACGGGAAACUCUAAGACUCGCGCAGUUCAUAGUGUAGAAAAAUGCGAUGAAAAGAUUUCCAUGGCCGUCGUUUCCUGACACAGAGAGACGGCCGAGGGGCCGUCUAUGAGCUGUCACGAGAAACGAGCACAAGUGAGUUUCAAGAUCGACAGCUCGAACCCAACUAAAUUCAACAGCCUACCGCGUAGGAAAUCAUCGGCAUACGGGGAAGAAAGUUUCCAGAGGAACACCCCAGCGCGUCGGUCGGCCGGGCACGCGGAGAGGUGCGUGGAGUACUUCGUGCCUCGCAGUCUGAGCGAGUUCAACCUGAGUUACACGGGUGUUGGUGCUAGCGAGCUGGUGGCUGUUGGGGUGAACGCCCUCGGGGACCGUGCAAGGGCUCGUAGGGACAAGAUGGUGACCUUCGAAGACGAGAGCGGUGUGUCGGCGGAGAGCCGCGCGCUCGCCGACGACGUGUUCAUGUGACCGCGCACUGAGACACGCAGCAGUCUGUUGGUUUGGACGAGAUUUGUUACAUUAUAAUAAACAUAAACUUUUGCAAAUA